AUGGACACAGAUGACUAUGCAUAUGCUAUUGCCUUGAACAAUAAAUACCAAGUUGAGAUUCAUUCUCAGUCAGAAGUAUUCAUUGAACCAGUCACAGAUCCUGAACCAGAAAUUCAAGAUGUCUGCCAAGCCGUCAACAAGGAUGAAUUCGAAGACUUGGACACACCAAGAAAUGUCACACAAUUCAUCCAGACCAUCUUUCACGACGCCGCUGUCGAUCUCGAGAUUGACGUGUUCAUUGAAGACAUCUUAGCUGGUGUGGCUGAGAACUUAAUUCAGAUAGAACAAAAGAUCAAGCCUUACAUUCAGACCAUCAUUGGCGAGGCUAUUCUUGAUCAUGAGAUCCAAGUUCACUUGUCUGAAAUCUUUGAUAGUGUGACAGACGACUUCCACCUCAAAGAACUUCACAUUAAGCCAUACAUCCAGACUGUUACACAGGAUGCAUGUCUGGAGCUUGAAAUUGAGGAGUACCUGGAUGGAAUCUUUGCCUCUGUCACACAGGACAUCGCUCUUGAUCGAGCGAUAGACAAUUAUCUCAACGAUAGUUUUGCUACUGAGCUUUCCGACCUGAAGUGCAAAUCUUCUGCUAAGAAUAUCGUCGAGAUGAUUACCCAGAGGGCAACAUUUAAAUGUCAUAUUGAUGCAUUCCUUGGCGGAAUAUUUGAGGAUGCCAUUGCCAAACAAAUGUCACCAAUGGAGCCCUCAAAACCAACACCACAGCAAACAUUGCUGAACCCACCAUCGGUCCAACCACUACUACUACCCCCACAACCAGAACCAGCAAGGGCACCACAGUCAGAACAAUUGCGGGUUUCAGCACCAGAGCCAUUGCAGGUGGCCGCGACUCAAUUAGAAUUGCAGCCUACCCCUCCACCAAAGCCAUUGCCAGUUCCUCCAUCAAAAUACCAACUAGCAUCGCGACAAAUAGCGAAACUACCAGUUCCACCAAAGCCAGUACCAGGACCUUCUUCAGAAGAACAAAUUAAAGUACAACCCGUGGCACUACAAUCACCACAACAAGUUCCACAAUCAGAUCCACUGCCGGUGCCAUCGUCAGAAUCAAUGCUUGCCUCUCCACUAGCGGCUGCACUACCAGCAUCACCAUCCGAUCAAUUGGCAGCACCACCAGCAGCGCUGCUACCAGUCCAACCACCAGAACCACUACUAGCACCUCCACCAGCAGAACUAUCACUACUAGCAGCAGCGGUGCUAUCAGUCCAACCACCAGGACCAGUAAUAGCACCACAAACAGUGGCACUUCAGUUACAACCUGAACCACUCCAAGCUACGCCUAUGCCAUUGCAAGAGUUCCCUUCAGAACCAUCAUUAGCAAGGCAACCAGGGGGACUCCCAGAUCCACCACGUGAGUCAAGACCAGAUCCAGCAUCUAAAGAGCUUGCAGGACAACUACCCUCAAAUCCAAAGUCUUUGCCAUCAUCUGGCGAGAUGCUGCUGCAAGCAAAUAUACCUUCACCGCCACCAUUAAACCCGAAACCACUACCAGUAUUGGAUAUCGCUUGGGACGAUCGCAAUCCCUUGAAGAUCUGGGUAGAGAGAGCUCAAGAUAUAUUGGACAAAUCAGAGCCUAUCCCAUUCCCUCCACCCAUAGGGCAUCCACCUGUUCCCAACGCGAUACAGCCAAGCUCAGUUUCAUUACUUCGGCAAGAACUUCUUAACGGCUGUCUGGACUUAAAUGGCAAAGACAGUCAACAGACUGAAACAGGGGAAUAUGAAAGCUCUGAGAUCGGCUACUCUGGGAGUGCCGUUCACUGCGGACGCUCGUUUAUUACCUACAAACUCCAUCAGAAUCAUUGCGCAUCCCGGGAGAGCAUGCGACAACAGAAUUCUCGAAGUAUGGGCCAACAGGUCAUAAGAACUUCCGAUUCAACCUGCAACACUUCUACCAACCGGGAAACUUGCAACACUCGCCGCAACCCUGUCAGGAGGUCGAGUGAUCAGAGCUACCUUCGCCGUGGUUACCGCGGUCACACCAAUCGCAGAUAG